GAGCGGCGAUGACGCGCAGGGGCGGGCGGUGCCGCGCAGGGCUCGGAGUCGGGGCCGGACAUGGCGGCGCGGCCCGGCCCGCGGGAAGAUGAAUAAGGGCUGGCUGGAGCUGGAGAGUGAUCCCGGUCUCUUCACACUCCUGGUUGAAGAUUUUGGGGUCAAGGGAGUGCAGGUUGAAGAGAUUUAUGAUCUGCAGAGCAAAUGCCAAGGCCCUGUGUAUGGGUUCAUCUUCCUGUUCAAGUGGAUUGAGGAGCGCAGGUCACGCCGAAAGGUCUCUACCCUGGUGGAUGAGACGUCAGUGAUCGACGAUGACAUCGUUAAUAACAUGUUCUUUGCUCACCAGCUGAUCCCAAAUUCCUGUGCCACCCAUGCCCUGCUGAGCGUCCUCCUGAACUGCAACAAUGUUGACCUGGGCCCCACGCUGAGCCGCAUGAAGGAUUUCACCAAAGGUUUUAGCCCUGAGAGCAAAGGCUAUGCCAUUGGCAACGCCCCAGAGCUGGCCAAGGCCCACAACAGCCAUGCCAGGCCGGAGCCACGGCACUUGCCGGAGAAGCAGAAUGGAAUCAGCGCCGUGCGAACCAUGGAGGCUUUUCACUUUGUUAGUUAUGUCCCCAUCAAGGGCCGGCUGUUUGAGCUGGAUGGGCUGAAGGUCUAUCCCAUUGACCACGGGCCAUGGGCUGACGACGAGGAAUGGACAGACAAAGCCAGGAGAGUAAUCAUGGAGCGCAUCGGCCUGGCCACUGCAGGGGAGCCCUACCACGACAUCCGCUUCAACCUGAUGGCCGUGGUGCCUGAUCGGAGGAUGAAGUACGAGUCCAAACUGCACAUCCUGAAGAUGAACCGCCAGACUGUGCUGGAGGCCUUGCAGCAGCUUAUCCGAGUAACUCAGCCUGAGCUGAUCCAGACCCAGAAGUCUCAGGACUCUCAGCCUCCUGAAGAGGUGAAGCCAGCCAGCAGCAAGACUGUGACCCUAGAGAGCACCCUUCCAGAUGGCACCGACGAGUCUGCCAGCCAGGGCCACCCCGCGGCCAUGCAGAGCCCACCCAACAAAUCCAAACCAGUGGCAAAGGCGUCAGUGAGCAGCAUCAAUGGGGCACCUCCAGGAAACCCCAACCCCAUCGUGCAGAGGUUGCCAGCCUUCCUGGACAACCACAACUAUGCCAAGUCCCCCAUGCAGGAGGAGGAGGACCUUGCAGCAGGAGUGGGUCGCAGCCGGGUCCCAGUCCGACAGCACCAGCAGUACUCAGAUGAUGAGGAUGACUACGAUGAUGAUGACGAGGAGGAAGUUCGUAACACCAACUCAGCCAUCAGGUACAAAAGGAAAGGGCAGGUGAAGCAGGAGCAUGUGGCAGGGGCUGUAGAUGGCCAGCUCUCUGUCCUCCAGCCCAACACCAUCAACGUCCUGGCUGAGAAGCUGAAAGAGUCUCAGAAGGAUCUUUCCAUUCCCCUGUCCAUCAAGACAAGCAGCGGGGGUGCUGCCGUGGCCGUGGUCACUCAUUCCCAGCCCUCUCCCACCCCCAGCAACGAGAGCACAGACACAGCCUCCGAGAUCGGCAGUGCCUUCAACUCCCCACUGCGCUCCCCCAUCCGCUCGGCCAACCCCACCCGCCCCUCCAGCCCCGUCACCUCCCACAUCUCCAAGGUGCUCUUUGGCGAGGAGGACGGGCUGCUGCGGGUCGACUGCAUGCGCUACAACCGUGCUGUCAGGGACCUGGGACCUGUCAUCAGCACCGGGCUGCUGCACCUCACGGAGGAUGGUGUGUUCUGCCCGCUGGCUGUCACAGAUGGGGGGAAAAGCUCCCCACCUUCCAUCAAACCUGGUGAAGAGGCCCCAGUCGCAAUCAAACUGGACGAGAAGGAGGGCAGUGAGGCCAGUGACAGCAAAGAGAAGGUGGGACUUGGCAGGACCAGUGAUCACCCUGGGGGGGAAAAGUAUUCUCCCAAGGAGCUGCUGGCACUGCUGAAGUGUGUGGAGGCAGAGAUUGCGAACUAUGAGGCCUGCCUGAAGGAAGAGGUGGAGAAGAGGAAGAAGUUCAAGAUUGAUGACCAGAGGAGAACCCACAACUAUGACGAGUUCAUCUGUACCUUCAUCUCCAUGCUAGCCCAGGAAGGCAUGCUGGCAAGCCUGGUGGAGCAGAACAUCUCUGUGCGCCGGCGGCAGGGGGUCAGCAUCGGCCGCCUGCACAAGCAGAGGAAGCCGGACCGACGGAAACGCUCCCGCCCCUAUAAAGCCAAGCGCCAGUAGCUGGGGAGCCAGGACUGGGAGAAGCAGCAGCAAGGCCUUGUGCCUUUGGGCAGUGGCACUUGGAUCUCCAUUACCCUCUGCCCAAGGAAUGGGACCACAGUGACAAGCCCCCAGCUGAGGUGGAGCCUGGGGACAAAGAGAAAUCGUGUUUUCCUCUGAGCCCAAGUUGUGAAGGGCAGAAACACAUAGUCUUGAGAGGAGUCCCUGCAGCCACCAGCCAGCCGGAGCACGCUGCUCCCUGACUGUGCCAUGGCAGCACCCACACACCAUGGGCCUGUGUCUCGGCACCGUGGCUGAGGACUGUGGCAGGAGGGGAAGAGCCCACCCGGCCAGUGGCGAGUCUGGUGGUGUGAGAAUGCCAGCAGUGCCACUGCAAGGCUGUGCUGGCCACAGCGGGCUGGGGCUUGUGUCCUGGGUCCAGACCUUCAGCUCUCUGCUUCCCCAGGACAUUCAUGUCUCUGUUUUCUGACCCUCUCCCUUCCUCCCCCAAACUUUCAGUUCUGACCCACACUUUUGGCCAUUGCUGAGAAAGGUGGAUCCUGGACAAAGCCCAUUCUCCUGCCCCAUUCCCAGAGCUGGCCAAUGUGUGGCCAGGCUGGUCCUGCCUUGCCCUGUCCCCUCACCUCUCUGGAGACACAACCCUCCUGCCAGUGCAGUGGGGCUCCUGGGGGCCAUGGGCAGCUCUGGUGCCAGGUGAGGAGGGGUGGGCUCAUCCCUGGAGCUAGGCCUUAGCCCCAGCACUCCGUGGCUCUGCUGCCAUUGCUGCUGUCCUGGCAACCAGUUCUGUGGGUCACACAGGGUUGCUCCAGGCCCUGUCCUCAGAAAACCCUGUGAAUUAUAAACAGACCAAGUUCAUAGGGUGGCUUUGGUGCUGCUGGGCACGGCCCUGGGGCAGAUGCUGUAUGUGGAGUCCCUUGGUGGCCUUGGCAAAGCCUUUCAGCGUGGGGAGAGGCAGCUGGUUGCUGCAAUGCAAAGACUGUGGAAGCCAGAGGUCAGCACCUCUGGAGGUGUCCUGAGGCACAGCUGGGCUGAGGGGAGCUGCCACAGGAGAGGACUCAAUUUUGCAAGUCUGCAAAUUUGUACAGAUCUUGACUAUGGAAUGAAACUGUUCUUUUGGUAUUUGUUGAAGGGAAGAAAAUCCUUCUGUCUCUUGCCGUGUCUAAUAUCAAGUGCUGUAAAAAAUGGAUCUGUCUCAAAGAAUAAAGCUAUCCUGUAACAGCCA